AUCCUUCCUCAUAAUGGGGGUAACGGUCUACAACGUCUCCUCCACCUCGGCCAGGGUCAACUGGCCUGCCUCGCCCACCUGCCUGGACACCUUCUACAGCGUCAUGUACGACCCCAACUGGAACAGCCUCAUCAUGGGCUACAAGCGCAAGAGCUUCAAGCACGAGGAGCGCAUCCCUGUCAGCCAGACCAACACCUACCUGGGCAACCUGCUGCCCCAGACCGCCUACUUCCUGUGCGUGACGUGCCAGGCCGCCGACCCGGUGCGGGAGCAGUGCCAGGUGUUCAGCACGCCCAGCGAGAGCAGCGAAGGCCACGACAGGGCCGGCUGGGAGGUGGCGGUGGGCGUGUGGCUGACCUGCUGCCUCCUGCUGCUGAUCAUCGCCGGCGUCCUUCUGUGGGGGUGCCUGCACAACAUGUGCUCGCUGCCGGGGAGCACCGAGAGCCGGCCUGUCGUCACCACCUCUGUCCGCCAAGACAUGUCCAGUUCGGGACGCCUCUUCACGGCCAGGAGCAGCAGCGAGGAAAGCAUCAAACGGGCCAACGCCAUGCAGACCUCGCUGAUGCUGGCGCAGCCCGCGGGUCAUGUAAUUACCCCGGACCAUGAGAGCUAAGCUGGCUGACAGAGAGCCAGCAUUAAUCGACUGGAUUAAGGUCAUCGCAGUAUUGUUCUGCCCCGGUUGAAUUAUCACUCGACGUUUUACCGACUCAAUGAAAAUCCUAUGUGUGUUUACGGCAAUAUACGGUUUCACAGGAUCCGUCGCAAACACUAUUUCUGCACCGUGUCAAGCUGUCCCAGUUAAAAUGGUCACUGCUAGAAAUAUGAAGCUCACGAAAAGUCUUUUAACCUUUGUGUUCCACUAGAUUUGCAGAUUGGGUGUUUUUCCUAAACAUUUGGACAAGAGCUAAAAACAUAAGACUCGAUGCAGUGUUUCCUACCAUAAAUAAAACUUCCCUUUCCUUUAUAUUCUAUAGAGAUUUAGUUAUCAAGCAGGAAACAUUUAGCUUGAACAUUUGUUUAUGCACAGCUGGUCAGGUCAUGACAGAAGUCAAUAAAAAAAAAAUCCUUUGCUUAUGGAAUCCAGGGAAACAAAGUGGAAGUGAGUGACGAUAACAGAGAGAUAC